AUGAAGGACGACUUCUUGAGUCUGGUCAGAAAGGAUAUUUCGAUGGGAGCUCGGAAGCAAGUCCUCAAGAACGUUUUGCUUGAUAUCAAGCCAGAUAAUAUCAUAGUUGACUGUCACCGCAAUGGUCAACAGACUACAGUCGAACAGGCUCGUAUUAUUGACCUAGACAAUGUCUCUUAUCUUCCCAAGCCGUGGUGCCUGAAGGGCAUGGCCGUCGGCAACGAGAACUGGCGUAGUCCCGAAGCCCAUUUCAGGGCAAGGCUAAAUAAACCGACUGACACCUUCUCUUUUAGUGCUGUUUGUAUAUACGCUAUGCUCGGACGAGUCAUCUUCGGCCCUGAUGGUGAUAUGCAGCAUAUUCAGUCAUUGGGUAUAUCACCCUUUCUGAUUCGUCUGCAACGUCAAAUUCUGUGUACACUGUGGGAGGACAGACUAGUGGAGAAUAUCCUGUACAGAUCGUUUUACGAAUGGCCAGAUGCUGUUGGCCUUAAUCCGUUCUUUAAGGAUUUGGUAAGGCAGUUGAUAAGUCCAGAUCCUAAGAGACGGGUUACGGCGCGGGAGGCAUUGGAGCAUCCCUGGUUUGCGGACGUUUGA